GUUUCCAAAUACUAUAGGAGUAAUUCGAAGCUUCACCUCUCUCCUUAUAAACCCCCAACAACUAAACCCCUUCUUCUAAAAUAACUACUCCAACUUGUCCAUUGAUGGUUCAGUUCAUAUAUAGUACUUUUUUUGUUAUGUAUAUUUUACUUGUCUGAUCACUGUAGCACGUGGCAGCCCUUCAAAUUCAUUAUUUUUCCUUUAUUUUACUUGUCAUAAGAACCCAAGAACUUGUCACUAGGCCAUCAAUUAGUCUGCUUGGAAGAAGUUAGCAGACAUGUUUGAUAUAUUCUUUGGGUGGAGAAAAGCUUCUAAAUGUAAGAAUUUGAUCAAAAGGGUUCAGUGCCGGCUUAAGCUGCUGAAGAACAAGAGAAGUUGCAUUAUCAGGCAGCUGAGGGACGAUUUAUCUGAGCUACUUAGAAAUGGGCAUUACGAAAUUGUUACUGAGAGAGUUGAACAGCUAUUUAUGGAUGAAAAAAUGGUGGCAGUGUAUGACUUAUUGGAGAAUUACUGUGAAUUUAUAAUCCAUAACCUUCCGUAUAUUCGCAGACACAAGGACUGUCCCAAUGAUAUAAGUGAAGCAGUGUCGAGUCUAAUAUUUGCAUCAGCAAGACUUGGUGAUUUGCCCGAGCUUGUGAUGAUUCGGAAGCUCUUUGGCGAACGUUAUGGCCACGGAUUUGAAACAUCUGCCCUUCAAUUACUCCCUGGGAAUCUUGUCAGCCAUCAGAUAAAGGAUAAUUUAUGCACAAACUGUGUAUCAGAUGAGGAGAAAUAUAGAUUGGUGGAUGAAAUUGCAAGGAUUUGCUUCCAACAAGGACCUUUGCUUCUUGAAUACAGACGCGAAUCAGAAGAGCUGGUAAAUGAAACAAGUAAUGCAGCAGCUGAUUACAAGGAAAAUGGACUAAUGAGAUUAAAGGAUCCCAACAUUAUAGAGACAGAAGCAAAGAUAGUAAAUUCCGAUUAUUCAUCUAAGAGCAUGAAUGUUAUCGAAAAUCCUUCCAUUUCUCGCCAAGAACUGCUUCCUACUGCAACUUCAACAUGCCUUUCAACAACUAACAAUGAUUCAGUGCACUGCUUGAAAAACAAUGGUAACAAAAGAGUUCUAGAUUCUGCUCAGCCGGGCUAUUUAUCCCAAUCCCCAAUAUCAAGUCCUGAACACAUAAUAGAAAGGCAUAUGGCCAAAACUUGUGGCUUUACUUUAGAUAAAAAUAUAGAGAGAAGAGAUGCAGAAUCAUCUACAGAAGAUUCAGCUGAAUCACCUCAGCAGAUGAUAUACCUAGAUGACAUUCAGGAGUUUGAGUCUGUUGUGAGCAAAGACGUGAGAUUCCAGGAUCAGAGGCUAUUCAUGUUCAAAGCCCCUAUUGUUCCCUUGAGACUAAAGAUAGAUACUGGAAGCAAUUUUGAGGUGCAGAUUGCAAAAGAACGACCAAGAAGCUCGAGGAAGAAUAACAAGAUAUCUGGAAAAAGAAUGAGAAGGAGAUCACUUUCCAUUGAGAAGAGCUUUAUGUCAGACACUGAUAGUACAAUGUACUACGGUGACUUACGUGAGAGUUCUCCAGAUAGCAAACCAAAAAGCCAAAACAGGCGAAGAAAUUCCAGGAAGAGUUCUGUUGAGGAAAGUCAGAAGUCCUAUUAUACAUUUGCACAUGACAGCCAAGAUCAACCUUGCUAUGUCAAAUUCAGAAGCACACUGACUUUUGUCAAUUCGAGGUGCAAUGGGCCGAUGGAAAAUCACUGCAGUUUGGAGCAUCCAUGUUAUGACUGGAUCAGUGAUGAAAAACCUAACGGGGAAUCUUCUUUUCGCGUGCCAAGGAGAAGAGUCAAAGCUGCAAAGGAUUUCAGUAAGCAUAGUCUAAAGGAAAGGAAACAAGGAUUUUAUCAAUGCCAAUGUUCCUUCAGCCAAGACCAACAUAUCAUUGGCGAUCGAUUAGUACUUCCACCACUGAUAGCAAAAACAAGUCAAGAUGUUGAAUCAAGGAGGGAUCAUUUUGUAAAGCCUGAUACGGAGGAAGUAUGGGAAAGCCGAGAAACUUGUUCUCCGAUUAUGUCCUCAAAAUCAAGAAUGACAGAUCAAAGGGCAAGAAAUGAAAAUCAGAAUCCUUAUUUGAGGGCAAUGACUAUGCCUCCUGAAAGGCCUAAAGAUAGCAUCAUAGAUAACUUUCUUCGGUCAAAUUCCUUUCCAAUUCAGGAGCCUGGAAAUGGAUUGUCUGAAAAUAGCCAUGUCCAUCCUAAGCUACCAGACUACGACGAAAUAGCAGCUAAGUUCAUGGCUCUCAAGAAAGAGAAACUGCAAAACAAAUGCUAGCAUUACAUCAAUGGCUUUACCAUAUCAUGGCCAUCUUUACUCUAGGCUGGAACAAAUUACUUGAUUUACUUAUUGUUUCUAUUCUUUGUUCAUAGAGUAGCAGAGCUAUACUUGCAUUGUAAAUGGAUAUUUCUUUGUGUGUGUGCGUGCGCUCGCACGCGUAUGUUUUAGUGAAUUUAUGGAAGUCCUUGGAGUGAAA